GUGAAAAUGGAUCAACUGCAGCCCCGAAUACGGAUGUGGAUAUUUAUCUCAAUUCUUAGCCUAACGCUCAUCGAUGCUGCCAAGGUAUCAUUCUAUGGCGCCAGCCACAUCACGGUACCAAUGCAGGAAUCCAAAAUGUCUACCAACAUUCGGUUGCGGUUCCGCACACGACAAGACAAUGCGCUCAUGCUGCUGACGACGGGACGCACCGACUAUGCGCUGCUCAGUAUCGAUGGUGGAAAAAUAAGGUUUAGCUUCAAGAUAGACGACUAUCAGACGGAUCUCUGGUCACCGGUGACGCUAAAGCUAAACGAUCUCCAAUGGCAUGACAUUUCAAUUUCUCGCUAUGCCGCCAAUUUGACGCUUCAGAUCGACGAGUACUUUGCCACAAAGACGCUUCCGCCGAAGGUGAUGGAACUGAACGUACACAUGGGUGUACAGGUGGGCGGCAAAGGUGACUACAAUGAACCGUACUUGAGCGCUCUGCCAAAUUUUCGUGGCUGUAUCGCUGACGUGUUUUACAAUAAUAUUAACGUCUUUAAACGUGCACGUGAAGGAACGGGGCAUCCCACCGCACAUGAUGUCUCGUGGAUAUGUUCGCCGGAGUUUGAUGCAGAUCUAGACGUGCCAAUAAGCUUCCUCGACGACGACAGCUACAGUGUACUGCGCAAACCAACCUCAAAGUCGGGCGAUCGGUGGAACUUUGAGUUCCGUACGAUCGAACCGUUCGGCACACUGCUAAGCAACAUUCCACGUUCGACCAAGCACGACUACAUGAUGCUGCAGAUCGUUCAAAGCAAGUUGCGGCUGCUGGUGGGCAAAGGAUCGAACGCAGUUGAGUUGAUUCCGGAUCGGAACGUUUCCGAUGGCAAAUGGCAUAACGUGUCGAUUACGUACAGUCCAAUGUUAGUCGAUAUAAUGGUCGACGAAACGAGCCACAGCGCAACGUUCGCUAACGGGAGCAGUCAGGUUAUUGAGCUGGAGGAAGACUUUUACAUCGGUGGUCUCGAUGCCGAACGGCACCGGAAAGCAUCGAUGAAAUUGAUCCGCGAAACCGAAUCCAGCUUUAAAGGGUGCAUCCGCAACGUCAUCCUGGACGAUCAGGAUGUCGGAUUUCCAAACUUCAAAGUCACGCACCACGUGACGGUCGAUUGCGUGUGGAAGUAUCCGUGCAUCGAAAAGCAACCCUGCAUCAUUAGCUCCCAGUGUCAGCAUCAGGGAAUUGAAGACUUCAUCUGCUACUGCGAUCAGGCGUACUGCAUAAAGGCGGACUAUGGGGAUAAGUACAAAAUUUUCACCCGCUCCAUGUCGCGAGUGGAGCUGGAACUGUUGGAAAUCAAUCCGAUGGAAGUUAUGGAAGGGGGCAUUGCGUUUCUUUCCCGGGAGUUUAUCAGCGUACUGUUCGACUAUCCUGAGAUGGGCGUAAAGGAGGCAUCGAUUAUAUUCCACAUCGUACAGCCACCGAAGCAUGGUCGGGUGACCAUUUCGUCCUACGGCCCGGAAAGCAACGGAACGGUAACGCAGACGAAGUUUUUCUCCCACAUUGAUCUCAGCACGGACAAGGUGAAGUACACGCACAACGGGGACGAACACGCGACCGAUCACAUGACGAUCGAUAUGCAGCUGAUGUCGGUUACGCGCGAAUCGAAACAUCCGGACAUCUCCGGAAAGCACCGAUUUGUGCUGCACGUUAACGUGACGCCGGUGAAUGAUCCGCCGGUACUGCAGCUGCCACCGAACAGACACAUCCGUAUCACGCAGGGCAUUCCCAAGGCCAUCGGUACCGAUGUGCUGAAUGCGGACGAUCCCGACAGUCCACCGGAGUCCCUCAUCUACACCAUACUGAUGAAUCCCAACUCGGAAGCACAGCAGGGCCGCGUGGAGGUGAACGGUAAAGCCGUCACGACCUUCUCCCAGUCGGACAUCAAUGCAGGCAGUGUAACGUACGUCAUCAAUACGAAAGGAUUCGAGGAUUCUCACUUCGAUCUGACGGUACAGGUGUCCGAUGGGAUGGAAACAAGCCCGGCCAGCUCCGUCCGUGUGUCCGUGCUGCCGCUCCAGUUACGGAUGAUCAACAACACGGGGUUGGUGCUGAUACACAAGUCUGCUGCCUCGAUAACACCGUACAAUCUGUCAUUCGUUCCGAACGCCGAGGAAGAGAACGUUGAUAUCAAGUUCGAUGUAGUACAAUCACCUUUGUACGGGAACUUACAGAAGCUGCGUACGGUGGAUUCGUCCUGGGUAAAUGUGGACUCCUUUACCAGCAGUCAGGUGAUGUUGGGACAGAUCCGUUACCUUCACGUUACAGACUUUCCACAGCAUGAUGAGUUUAAGUUCACGGUAUCGCUCGGUCCGGUCACCACACCGACGUACGAUUUUCGCAUCUCAUUCACCAAGCUGCGCAUUGGCAUGAUCCGGCAGACCAACAUGCACAUCAACACCAAGGAGAACACAAUACGGGCGGACUUUCUCUUCCAUCAAACAACACCAGUUGUGACGCUGUCCCGUAAUGUGAUCUAUACCGUCGUUACCGCACCAAAGUUUGGCGUGAUUUACGUCGAGGGUCAUCCACAAACUGCCCGGCCCGGGCACUCGUUCACGCAGCAUGAGAUCGAUAAGAAUCUCAUCAAAUAUCGCACCUAUCAAUCGUCGUAUGGGAGCUUCAUCGAUACGUUCGAGUUCAUUGUGUCGGUUCCCGAGUGUGAAGAUGUGCAGGGUAAGAUAGAUUUUAUCUACACACCGCCGGACUACCUAGCAAAGCAGAUCGUAUACCAGAAGCGGGAGAAGUUGUACGUGCACGAGGGAAACAAAACGGCCCUGUCGAGAACGAACUUUGAGGUGUACUUCAACAAGUUUAACUUCCUGUCGUUCAAUCUCACCCAUCAUCCGAAGCACGGGAAGAUUUGUUUGAUAAAUCCGCGUACAUUUGAGGCGAAAGAUAUUGCCACCUUCACGCUGCAGGAUUUGUUUCUCGGCGACAUACACUACUGUCACGACGAUUCCGAGUCAACGCGCGAUAGCUUCCGGUUGUUGAUCCUGUCCGACGAUGAAACGGACUUCCAGUAUGUGUGCGAGAUACAGGUGGAGAUCACGUUGCAGAACGAUAAUGGUCCGUAUCGAGUGUUCGACAAGGUAUUCCACAUAGUGCGCGAUGAAACGAAGCUGCUUACUGCCGGUGAUUUGAAGUAUGCCGAUCCAGACAUUGAGACGCGCCCCAACGAUAUCGAGUACCGAUCGGUGACUUGCACCAAUGGGGAACUGUACAAGACUGGGAAACCCUCGGAACAGUUCACCCAGGAUGAUCUGGAUCACGGGCGGAUGUUGUUUAUGCACAAUGGGACGGAUAAUGGGAAGGUAUCGUUCAUUGUAACGGACGGUCUGUAUGAAGUACCUGGUUCGUUAGAAAUCGAAGCAUCCGAUCCGUUUUUGAGAGUACGGGAGAGUAAUGCCUCUAUCGUGCAGGAGGGCCGAGCCGUUCUGCUUACAAGCAACGAUCUUAACAUCGAUACUAACUUAAAUGCAAAGCCACAGGAGAUAGAGUACCGUGUAAUGGAUGGACCCAACAACGGUUUGCUGAAGAUGUUCGUACCGAAGUUUGAUACGGGCCAGCUGCAUCGGCUUAACAAUGCGACAACCGCGUACAACUUCUCCCAGGCGGACAUUAUAACCGAUCGGAUCGUUUACUGGAAUCGAGAUGUAGCUUCCAUGGACCGGAUAAAGUACCGUGUGGGCACCAAGGGUGUUUGGACGGAGGGGGAAGUGAUGAUCCGGAUCUAUCCACCAGCGUACUGGGAGCAGCUACGAAUAAGACGCAAUCAAACGUUGUACGUCGAGGAGUCCACCAGUGUCAUUAUAUCCCGAGAUGUGCUUGAGAUAGUACACCCCAACAUCUCACCGGGGGAUAUAACGUACCUUGUGACGACACAGCCCCAGCACGGUUAUCUGGAGAUACAGUCGAUCACCUCGGACGACGAGUAUAACUCGAAAGUGUUUGACCAGUCAACGAUCAAUGCGGAAAAGAUGUUCUACAUACAGGCGGGUGUCAAUCAGUCGUCCGACUUCUUCACGUUCGAUGUCACCAACGGUAUAACGUGGUUGCGGGACCUUAUGAUGAAGAUUGUCAUCAUUCCGGAGCAUCUGUACAUCAAAACCAGUGAGAUUGUAGUAGAGGAGGGAAAGACGGUGAAACUAGAACCUGAAGAUAUGAUACCAUAUUCGGAGUAUUACAAUGGAAAGAUCCUCGAGUAUAAGAUACUGGAUCAGCCACUGCACGGUAGUAUACGUGCCGGCAAAUCCUCCAAGGUGAAUCGUUUCACCCAUAAGCAGCUGGAGGCGGGCGUUAUCACUUACGUACACAAUGGUAGCGAAAAUUCGUCCGACACGAUCCGGUUAGUGGCAUUGAGCCGAAAUAAGGAAAGUGUUUCAUUUUCAUUGUCGAUCAACAUACUCCCAAUCAACGACGAGAUACCGCUGCUUGUCACCAAUACCGGACUGCAUAUGUGGAUCGGUGGAAAAUCAAUGAUCGGAAGCAAUGACCUAAUGGCUCAAGACUAUGAUACUCCACCGGAGAAUCUUACCUUCUACAUCCAACAAAUGUCCGGUGGUUACGUGGCGUACAAGGACAGCUACAACAAGAAAACACAUUCGUUCACGCAGCAAGAUAUCAACAGCAACAUGGUGUACUUCAUACACGAUAGUAGCAACCAGAAUGGCAAGGUUGUGUUCUACGUGAGUGACGGUGUGCACAAUACGACGGAAAGUGUGCUACACAUCGUCACCAAUCCGGUAGCACUGGAAGCGAUUCGAAACGAGGUGCUUCAUGUGUUUCCACUCACCCGAAAGCAGAUACUGCCGGAUCAGCUGUACUACAAGUGCUCGGACGACGAUCGGGACGUGAAGUACGUCGUGACGGUUCCACCCCAGAUGGGGCGGCUUCUGUUCGAGCAGGUGGAGUUUGGUUACUCGAACGAGAUCAGCGAGUUCACGCAGUAUGAUGUGGAGAAUGGACGAAUUUUCUACGAGCACACCCAUCCCAUGGUGGAGCUGAAAACGAACGAUUCCUUCUACUUUGAUGUGACGGCACCGCUCUCAAACAGUUUGGUUGAUCAGAUCUUCAACAUCGAUGUGUCGGUAUCUUCGGGAGGAUUGCUACGGUUUUUGCCCGUGCCACGGAUCACCAUCGAAGAGGGUGAGUCGGCUCCGAUCAAGUUGGAUCUCUCGAAGGUGCUAGAAUACCUCGAGACACGGGCAGGUAUCGGCGCACCGGAACUCUACAUUGAAGUACAUCCACCGGCUCACGGUUUGGUGGAGCUGGAGGACGAAUCUCCCGAGGUGAAUCGAUUCUCGUUGAACGACUUCUACUCCAACAAGGUGAUCUACAAGCACGAUCAUUCGGACACGGUAGAGGACAAGAUUGCCCUCGCCGUGUUUCUUGUGCCCGGCCAUCUGUUCCUCUGCAACAUCACCAUUCCAGUGACGAUCAAUCCCGUCAACGAUCAGCCAUUCCAUCUGCUAACGCCAUCACCACAUAUCUCAGUGAUCGAGGGUGAAAAUGAAACCAUCACCUCCACGCAUUUGCUCACCGAGGACGCCGAUACGGAUCCGCGCGACAUCGUGUAUGACGUGAUCAGUGGACCCAAUCUGGGUGUACUGCUCAAGAUUUCGGACGAAGGCUAUCCGCAAGACAUCAUCACGUACGGCAAUCAAUUCACACAGGCGGACAUUAACGAGAAUCGAAUCAUCUACACACAUUCGGGAAACCCGCAGUCCACUACCUUUUACUUUAAGGUAUCGGAUGGGAAGUUCAAGCCAGCGUACGAGAUAUUCAACAUCAAAAUUCUACCCAUCACGAUCCUGCCCGGGUUCAACAAUCAAGCCAUACUGGUGCAGCAAGGUUCUAACCUGGGACUGCUGGAACCAAAGCACGUUUCGAUCGAGACAAACGUGCAGAAAGCCAGAAUUAUGUACAAUAUUACGAAAAAUCCACUGGGUGGUAUUAUCAUCUCGAACAACAAGCCUAUUCUCAAGUUCACCCAGCGGCAGCUGGAGGAUGGUAAGAUUGGCUACAUGCAGACGGAUAUGAGUCGUUCGAAUGACACCUUCCAGCUGGACGCAUUCAUACCGGACACAACGUCCGCCUGUCUGAUUGAGGUCAGCAUGGUAGUGCAACCGUUCAUAAUCAUCAACCCGAUAACGAUCACACCGGGCGAUCGGGUUCGACUUAGUUCGUCCUUCAUCUUCGACAAUCCGGCUCAGCUAAAGUUGAACCGAUACAAUCCCAAAAUAACGAUCACCCGACGACCCAAGUACGGUCGAUUGAAGAAGAUUGUCCGCAGCACAGGGCUGGACUAUGCUGAGCAGCAGAGCGAUAAGGAAAUCAGUUCCUUCACCUACAAGGAACUCAAGAGUGGCGUAAUAUACUAUGCGGCGAGAAAGUUCAAUCAGGACUUUCAAUCCAUCAACGAUAACUUCGAGUAUGUGCUGUCUACGAAAACGGCCCAACCCGGACAGGGUACGGUACCGAUCGAGAUAUAUUCUCCCUCGCGUUCGCACGAUAGCGACAGUGACGUCGAUAUUGUCACCGCGCAGUCUGUCAUCCCGCUAGACUAUGUGAUUGCGGUGUGUAUCGCCGUCGCAGCGAUCGUUCUCAUUCUCAUCACGGUGCUUCUGCUAAAGUGUCGUUCUAAAACCGCCCAUAAAGGUAACGACCUGGACAAGGAUAAUCCACCUUCCUUGCCGCGACCACCCGACUUUAUGACACUGAACAACAGGAUGUACACACCGUCAGAGAACGAGUCGCUGCCCGUUACGAACUCGUCCACCCCGUUACCGAUCAUCAGUAGCAUUCCGCACUGCAAGGUGAUCCCUAUCGGUGGGCUGGACAACACACUGCAGCUCGAUUCCGAAACGGACGACAUGAUGGAUAUGCAUGGGGAACUGUUACCGAGCAUGGGCCACGGGUAUCGGUACGGGUACGGUGAUGAAAACGACGAAUGGAGUUCCUCCUGCGACGUUGGACCGGAGGUGAACUACUCAACGAUCUCUCAACCACAGCAACAUCUUCUGCUGCAACAACACCAGCAGCUGUUGCCACCACAUCAACAGCAACACCUACAGCACCAGCAAAUUCUGUCAACGCCACAGCUUGCCAAGGCGAAUCCACUACUACGCCGCAACCAGUAUUGGGUCUGA